AUGGAGCUGGUCGCGGGUUGCUACGAGCAGGUCCUCUUUGGUUUCAUUGUACACCCGAAGCCCGAGGCGUGCGGCGACCGCGAGGUGAGAUACCUCAUACCGGGAGACAGCCGGAGGCGGGGCCGGGAAGGUGGGUUUGGUUCCUACACAGCAGAGCAAUGGACUCCUGUGGCCGACUUCACUCACCAUGCUCACACUGCCUCCUUGUCAGCAGUAGCUGUCAAUAGUCGUUUUGUGGUCACUGGGAGCAAAGAUGAGACAAUUCACAUUUAUGACAUGAAAAAGAAGAUAGAGCAUGGGGCUCUAGUGCAUCACAGUGGCACAAUAACUUGCCUGAAAUUCUAUGGCAACAGGCAUUUAAUCAGUGGAGCAGAAGACGGACUUAUUUGUAUCUGGGAUGCCAAGAAAUGGGAAUGCCUGAAGUCAAUUAAAGCUCACAAAGGACAUGUGACCUUCCUUUCUAUUCACCCAUCUGGCAAGUUGGCCCUGUCGGUUGGUACAGAUAAGACAUUAAGAACGUGGAAUCUUGUAGAAGGAAGAUCAGCAUUCAUAAAAAAUAUAAAACAAAAUGCUAACCUAGUGGAAUGGUCCCCAAGAGGAGAGCAAUAUGUAGUUAUCAUACAGAAUAAAAUAGACAUCUAUCAGCUUGACACUGCAUCCAUUAGUGGCACCAUCACAAAUGAAAAGAGAAUUUCUGCUGUUAAAUUUCUUUCAGAGUCUGUCCUUGCAGUGGCUGGAGAUGAAGAAGUUAUAAGGUUUUUUGACUGUGAUUCGCUAGUGUGCCUCUGUGAAUUUAAAGCUCAUGAAAACAGGGUAAAGGCCAUGUUCAGUUUUGAAAUUCCAGAGCAUCAUGUUAUUGUUACAGCAUCGAGUGAUGGUUUCAUCAAAAUGUGGAAGCUUAAGCAAAAUAAGAAAGUUCGCCCAUCUUUACUCUGUGAAGUAAACACUAAUGCCAGGCUGACAUGUCUUGGAGUGUGGUUAGACACGGUGCCAGACACAAAAGCAAGUCUUCCUCCAGCUGCAGAGCCUUCUCCUGUAAGUAAAGAACAGUCCAAAAUCGGCAAAAAGGAGCCUGGUGACACAGUGCACAGAGAAGAAAAGCAGUCAAAACCUAACACAAAGAAAUGCGCUUUAACUGGUGACAGUAAGAAAGCGACACAAGAAAGUAGCCUGGUAUCAACCAAGAAGAGCAAAAGGGUAGACGUGUUGGAAAAGAAGAGGAAGAAGAAGAAAAUAAAAACAAUGCAGUGAAUCCCAGGUGUCUCCUAAAAGAACCUUUGUAGAUGGGAUCAUUCUUGAUUCUAUCUACAUGGAAUCAAAUCAGACGUACCUUAAUUUUAUUUUUUCCCCUGAGUAAAAGCAAGGAAUUUCUUCCUUUGAAGAAAAUAUACAUAUUAAAAAGCCACUUUUAGGGUUUUUUUUUAAACAGUGGUAAAAUUACUUUUGGCAGACAGUGUUUUGUGCAUGAUGUAUCAUGUUGAUAUAUAAUAUGUUAAUGUGUCAUUUGUAAUUUUUACUUGUACAAAGCAAAUAAAGAUCUUUCUCAAAA